CCGUUCUAGAGGACGCUAGCGCUUCGUGUCGCACACUCUCAGCUCAAGUGACGACAACGACGGGCCUGUGUCACUUCAAGUUUUUCGAAACUCUCAUCCUCCCGCAGGAACGGCCAUCUAGUUGACAAUUAUCCCGAGGUGUUGCUGUGGUGUUGUGAUUACUAGUGUGACAAUUCAAGGAGGCAUCCCUCAAAUCUUCCGAAACUGCGCGCCACCCGUGAAGAGAAUCCAAUCGGUUUUGACCUAAAUUCAUGUGUGACACUCAGAAGCAAGUCUAGGAUUUUUGUCAAAUAUAAAUACACCAGUAGUCAGAAAAAGAAUGUUUUUGUAGUGCUUGAGAUGAGUGUGUGAAAAGAGAGAUAUUGUAUAACAACUGUUUAUAAGAAAAAUUUCAAAGUGAAAGACAAGAUUUUUGUGUAAAUAACCACCCAAAAGAACAACAAAGCCACGUAUUUGACGAAGAGCUUGUGACCAUCACUCAUGGAGGUGACUUUCAUCUUGGACCACCCUACAGAGAUAUAACUUUUCUCUCUUGGAUUUUUUGUCACCCAACCAACCAACCAACCAACCAAACCCAAAUUGACCAACAGAGAAGGUGGUUCGCAGUGCGUGUGGGAGUUGCGAAAAUUACCUUGGACAUCCGCGUGUGUGCGUGCCGCGGGGAAAAUGAGGGUGGCAUGAGGUGAAAUCCGGCGUGGACGGAAGUGUAAGACUGGCAAGAGGAAGCCUCGGCACAGACGCGCGCGCGCCCCAUGACUCAUUCUUGGCAUUAAUGAGUGGAUCCUACGAUCCCGUGUCAGCCUACAACCUAUUCCACCGACAUCCGAGCAGCGCAAGCAGCGGCGGCAAGGCGUCCGCCAGCCACAGGUCAACUGGCAAACAGAGCAGCGCCACCAGCACCAGACAAAUGGUGAUGUCGCCGAGCAGACGUCCAUCGCCACCGGGAAUCGCUGCACAUCCGAUCAACAUGCACCUGGGCUCCCUGGCGCACUCACAGAUGCAACUGCAGUCGCAGAUGCACCAGAAGCUGGCGGCGGGGCUCACGCCCAAUCACAUGAGUCACUUCUUCAAGAGCCCCUCCACGUCGCCCCACAGCGGCGGGCUGAACAACAACAACUCCCCCACGAGCAUCGGCUCGGCCUCGAGUCCCCUCAACCAUUUGCAGAACAUGCAGCCCUUUGACUUCCGCAAAUUGGGAGCCCUCGGGGCGUUCCCCGGUGCGCUUCCCGGCACCAGACUGAGUCCCGAGUUGGCACAGCAUCACUUGCAGCAGCAUCAGGCGGCCGCGGCGGCUGCCCACGCCCGACGCCGCUUGUCGGAGUCCGCCUCAGAGAAGGCACUGCAGAAUCACGCAGCUGGACUCAUGAAUCUCUCCAUGUCCGGACAUCAUCUUCCCUUCCCGCUUCCGCCUCCUCCGCCGCCAACAUCAGCCGCCGCAGCGAUGCUGAACCACUCGGCCGCGGCCAUGGCAGCUGCUGUGUCCGCCAAUCCUCUGGCCGCCAGUAUCAUGGCGCAAUCCUUCCCAGGCCUCAUGGCAGCUUCACAGCCUCAGUCUAGUGGACGCAGCAAAUCACCCACCCACCAAAUUUCGCGAGAGGAGCGCAAGGAGCGCCACGAGCGUCACGAGAACCACCAAGACAGAGGAGAUGAGAACACAAACAGCGCCCUGAAUCUCAGCCGCGACGCUGUCAACGCCCAGUCGGCCCGCAAAAGCCCCAAAAUCCGAGAGUCACAGCAACAGUCCCUGCCCAGAAUACCAGGAGCGGACAGAGACAGAUCUGGUCCGCCCAGUGAUCGCGUGAGUGGUCUUCCACCGAAUCACAUCCGGAAGCCCCAGAGCCCGGCCAAGCGCCAGUGGGGCUCCGUGCCCAUCAAUCUCGGCACGCAGUUCAUCAAUCCGGCCACAGGGAAGAAGCGAGUGCAAUGCAAUGUGUGCCUCAAGACGUUCUGCGACAAGGGAGCCCUCAAGAUUCACUUCUCGGCCGUGCACCUGAGGGAGAUGCACAAGUGCACCGUAGAGGGAUGCAGCAUGAUGUUCAGCUCGAGACGAUCACGCAACCGGCACAGCGCCAAUCCCAAUCCGAAGCUCCACUCGCCGCACUUGCGCCGGAAGAUCUCACCGCACGACGGACGCAGUGCACAGCCGCAUCCAAUGCUUCUGUCUGGAGCAGGAGGCAUGAUUCCCGGCAUGAAUCCUCUGCAUCCCUUCGGGCCCUUCCCGCUGCUCACCUCACCGCCGGACAUGAGGCACCAUUUGGAGUUCAAGCAGAAUCUCGAGCUGCACCACAGACUGGAGCAGCAGGAGAGGUCCAGGGAGAGAGAGAGCCGCUAUCAGGCGCACGAGGAGUGGAGCAAGGCUUCACGAUCUGACCAUGACAGCAUCCAAGAUGACGAUGUUGAUGAUGACGAUGAUGUUGGAAUUGUUGUGGUGGGAGAUGAGGAGGAUCUCCAUCACUCAGACAAGAUGUCCCAGUCCGGAUACUACGAGGACAUGGGAGAUAACAAGAAGUCAGAGGCUGAGGACACAGAUGACAACAUGCAGCCUGAGGACUUCAGUGUCUUCAAGACGAAGCAUUCAGUCUCUUCCGACGCUGAUGAUAUCACGAGCAAUGUGGAUAGCAAUGAGGAUUCCCUGAGUCUGGCCAAGGAGGAUGGAGUGUCAUGUCUUCCCAUCAACAAGAGGAAGCGCAAGAGUCAGAAUCCCACGAGAUGCGCCAUCAUGGGCAGUGAUCAUAUGUCCAACGAGGAGGAUUCCAGUGAUUUGAACUUUUCCGGGCCCGUCCAGGAUGAGCCUCAGCCGCUAAUCAAGCGUGUCCGUUCGGAUGAGGAGCUACCUAUACGCUCCAAGGAGAGUCCCAAGAUUCUCCCUUCUCCUCCACCGACUCCCGCCAGUCACGAACGACGGGUCUUGUCGCCACCAAUUGCUAAGGUCGUGAAGAAGGAACCCGUGGAUGUGAAGCAGGAGCCAGAAGAUGAUGAAGAGCAGCCUGAGAAUCUGACUCUGGAUCUGUCAGCGCGGAAACGGUCUUCCACACCUCUUCCAGAGAAGGCGGAUGUGAAUGCCAAUGAAAAGGAGCAGAUGGACAUCAAACCAGUGACUCCUCGGCUGAAAUCCCCAGCUCAGCAAGACGCUCCACUGAGUCUGAAGAAGGAAGUGUCUCCAGAGAGGGAUAAUCAGCGUCCAGAAUCACGCACAAGUCGCAAGAGUGAAGAGAGCAUUGAUGCUCUCAGGCGCCUUGAGAAUCUCUCCCAGAAUCACUUCAAUGAGUUGAUUAUGUCCCGGAACAACUUCCUGGGGCCACAAUUCCCACCGCUGAGCUUCAUGAUGGGCGGUGGACCACCGAGUCCGGCUCGAUCGGGCGCCAGCUCUCCGGACGCCGGAGCUGGACAAGAGUCAGGCGGCGAGGAGGGCGACAGCGAGGACGACAUGUACGAUCCGUAUGAGAAUGGUAAUUUCAUGGGCAUGGACGUGCCGAUAGACAAGGACAAUCCGCGUCGGUGUGCAGCCUGUGGAAAGGUCUUCCAGAAUCACUUUGGCGUGAAGACCCACUAUCAGAAUGUGCAUCUGAAGCUCCUGCACAAGUGCAAUGUGGACGGCUGCAAUGCGGCCUUUCCCUCGAAGCGCAGUCGUGAUCGUCACAGCGCCAAUCUCAACCUCCACCGCAAGCUCCUGUCCACGUCGUCAGAUCGCCCUGAAGACAUGACAAUGGACAAGUCAUUCGCCUCCCUGGCGUCGCCACUCCACACUGAACUUCUGGCGCGCCUGUACGCCGAUUCGCAGGGUCUGCCGCUCAAUCUGGAGGCACUGAAGCAGCAGCUUCCGGCCGCUCAUCCACUUACUGAGCACUUCCUGAACGGCGCCGGGGGUGCUCCUGGUGAUCACCAUCGCUUCCCACCGCCACACGGAGCGCCAGGACCACUACUGUUCCCACCCCUCGGCUUUCCUGGCCUCUCCUCGUUCGCAUCACACCUUCUACCUCAUCCGCUCAACGGGUUCUCCGCCUCGCUGGCCAGGCGCGCCUCCUCGGACUCCACAUCGCCCGCCUCGGCUGCCUCGCCGCCCGCCAGCGCCCGAGGCGCCUCGCCCGCCUCGCAGCAUCCCGACGACGAGCGCCGCUCCCCAGCCGAGGAAGCCCGCCCAGAGCGAGUGUCCAGCUCGUGACGCUUCCCCUUUAGCCACCUGCCGCCCUUGGGCGUCUCUCACCACUGGUGAUCAUAUCAGGCGUGCCCGGAAGGCGCUAGACAAGGUAUGUAAGCAUGAGUAUUGAAGCGGAGCAGAUGAGGCUCGUGACGUCACUUCUGUCUUGAGGAAACAAUGCGGCUAUGCAUAAAGCCGUAAACUUCAACAUUAGUUCAUUUCGAUCCAGAAAUUAAAUACAUAAGAAACGAUUUCAGGCUAAGUUGGAAAAUGUCACAGCAGCCUUAUAAUACUCAUGUUUGCAUAGCUCAAGUACAGAUGCCCAGUGAUGUGAUUUCUCAAUUGAUCUUGUGUAACUUAACUUAUAACUUCCCCAAAUCGCCCCAGACGCGCUGCAAAAGGUCUGGAGAGCGAAAAACCCCGCUAUAGAGUAUGUUUUAGAGUGGAGGACACAUAGUAACUCUUGUAAGUAGAAGAACAACGCAUUAGAAAUCUCAGAAGUAUGAUUUUUUGUCGAAAAUCAAGUGCAAUAUUGUAAUCAUUUUAGGAUUAUUUUCAAUAUGAGAAAUUUCUCUCCUAGUUUUACAUUAAUUCUUAGAAGGUAUUAUAGUGAGAAAAAAUCGCAAAAAUCAUCAUAUUUCAAAAUAUCUCUCCAUAAGGAUACAAUUAAAGUAAACAUAGAAGAUAGAGAAUAAAAAUUAAAUGAAAAAAAUCAUGCAAAAAUACAUAAUCGUAGACAUAGCGUGGAUGAGCAGAAGAGUAUGAAUACAUUUAAGGCUCCAACACCAACUUAAUUGACUCGAUGUACAUAUUUAAGUAAAUAACUAUUAAACGUAAUGAUAGAGUGAUUAAAUUAAUUAAAAAAAGGUGAGAUAUGUAGUGAAUUAAUAACUCCAGAAAGCAAAACAAAAAAAAACAUCUUGUCCUUCAAGUAUUACUAAAUUUUUAUCAUUAUUGCGCACUGUUCAACUUCCUUCCCCUUCGGAAUGAUAUUUCUUGUAUAAAAUGGAGAUGAAGAAAACAACCAAGAAUUAGAGGUUAGUAAAAAAAUCUAUUUCUCAACUAUUUCUUUUUUUGAUUUAUCAGAAAAGGAAGAGAGAAAACAUUUCUAGAGUAAAUGCUGUAAAAUAGAAGCAAAAGUCUAUAGUGUAGAUUUAAUAAUUCAAAUUUAUUGAAAUAAAAUAUUGGAAGAAAUACGUAAUGAGAAGCUAAAUAUGGUAAAGUCUCUAUUAAAGUAAUGAAAUGUAUACGAAAUUUAGAGAAAUUUUUCAUGAGGACAUCACUUCCUCCACCAGGCUCCCAAAAGAACGCAUCAACGCAAUCCUUUAUAUACAACUAUCUUAUAUAGGAAUCUAUACUCUUGUCAUUGAGAAAAAAAUUGCAGCUUCUUCAGCAUAAUCGAAGGACGAUUAUAAAUUAUUUAACAGAAUGAAAAACCCUAUAAGAAAUGUAAAAUUUAAAAGGUAAUAAUUAUUCCUAUAAUCAAUAUUAUAAACAUAAUUAUUGGCUCUAAAUCAGUUAAAUGAACAAAUUAUGAUGAUAAAAAGAGAGAAACAAAUAAAAAGAAACUUGCUGUUGAAAAUAACAAAAACCCGCUUCUUUUUUCUCGAAUGGCCACCGCAAUUGGGAAUGCCAGAGAAGAAAUGGCAGAGAUGCAACAAAGUCUUCCUCCUUCCAGAGACUGCAAACACA